CUGCAUUGCGUCGAACCCCCCGCUCUCCCACUCCUCUCCCUCUCACUCGCUGCCCGUCUUCCCCUUUCUCCCUCUAUCUCUAUCCCCUCCUCUGCAUGAAAAUGUUCAAUAUGCUUUAACAUUAUUUAUUCUCUUGUCUCCGUGAUACCGUAAACCCCCGUUAUUUUCACGCUCCAUAUUUUCCUGACGUGGAGAAUGGGUGCGUUAUAGCGGUGCGUUUCGGGACGGCAGCGUCUUGUUGUUGAGGACUAGCUGGUCUACUGCACCAAACAGUGGAGGGGCGCUUUCUAUCGCUGUGUUUCUGCUGAUGCGGCAGACUGCAGAGCAGCGCCGGGAAGGGAAUAGCUGUGUCUCUCCCGCUCUCUCACAGACCCCCUAAAGUAUUCACCUGGACCCUUCUCAUUCGUACCAACAUAAUCUAUCCUGCAGAAAAAUACACGACCACGCCGCUCGAGCGCAUCCGCGCGGAACGGUCAAACGAACAAGUGGAAUCUGUCGGUGGUUUCGUCGAUUGCCGGGGAGUUCAUGUUAACGGUUUUCCUUCUAUUCAAUUGUAUUUUCUCGAUGCCUGCCCAUUUUCUCUAUCCAUCCACGGGAGCCAGGCCACCGUUUGUUCAGCAUGCUUUUAAAUUGCCUGUCAAGAGAUUUAUGUUGUUUGCGAGGGGAUUCACAGCCGUUCAGUGCCUCGAGAAGGUCGCUCCAGUCGACUUUGGAAGUCAAUAACAAGAGGAUGGCGCGGGUGAUUUUAACAAAGACAAUAUAGUCUAUGAAUAUUUCACCAAAGCUCGUACUGUACAACGAGGUAAAGUGAUAUCCACCGCAUUUUAAAACAAAACCAAGACAGCAAAGUUUUAGCCGUGGCUAAAGGGCUGCAGCACCACCAAACGGACUAAACACACAUAGUGGUGCCACUUUCUCUCCAAGAUCAACACGCAGUUGAAAGAAGGAGAGGCAAGAACAGCAAUGGUGAACUACUCUGAGAGAGAUGCGAGGGAGCCCCACUGAGUGGAGCUUUGCCGAGGCGAGCUAGCCCCCAGUCUUCCAGGCCUGGGUGCCUGAACAGGUCAGGAGAGUGGGCGAGAAUCUGAGAGGCGCGAAGUAAGAGCUACUGGAUGCCUGCUCAACCGUUUUGAGACGACGUUCCCCUGUCGCAUAACGCUGCGCUGAGCCGGCCACACCGCCAGGAUGACCGUGGUGGCCGGUGACAACAUGGAUGAGACAUCCACACUGCCUGGGCACCCGCAGGACACCUACCCGCCGGAUCACGACGACCAUGACUGCUGUGAGAGGGUGGUUAUCAACGUCUCUGGGCUGCGCUUCGAGACGCAGCUCAAAACACUCUCACAGUUCCCGGAGACAUUACUAGGGAACCCUAAGAAGAGGAUGCGCUACUUCGAUCCACUGAGAAACGAGUACUUUUUUGACCGGAACAGGCCAAGUUUUGACGCAAUCUUGUAUUACUACCAGUCCGGGGGGCGGUUGAGGAGGCCGGUUAAUGUUCCACUAGAUAUGUUCUCAGAGGAGAUCAAGUUUUACGAGCUCGGGGCAGAGGCUAUGGAGAAGUUCCGUGAGGAUGAGGGCUUUAUUAGAGAAGAGGAGAAACCGUUGCCAGAAAAAGAGUUCCAGCGGCAAGUCUGGCUGCUGUUUGAGUACCCAGAGAGUUCCGGACCCGCACGAGGGAUCGCUAUAGUGUCGGUGAUGGUUAUUUUAAUUUCGAUAGUCAUAUUCUGCUUGGAGACCCUGCCUGACCUCAAAGAGGACCCCAGGGGUAGGAUGGAGACUAUAGGCAACAUUACAGUCUAUUACAAACCAAAUAUUCUCACGGAUCCGUUCUUUAUAGUGGAGACGCUGUGCAUAAUUUGGUUCUCCUUUGAGCUGAUUGUCCGGUUCUUCGCCUGCCCUAGCAAGGCGGCCUUCUUUAAAAACAUGAUGAACACUAUAGACAUAGUAGCUAUUAUACCCUAUUUCAUCACGCUGGGCACAGAGCUGGCGGAGGACCAGGAGGGCAAGGAGAAACCGAGUGAGCAGGCCGCGUCCCUGGCCAUCCUCAGAGUCAUCCGACUGGUCAGGGUGUUCAGGAUCUUCAAGCUGUCCAGACACUCUAAGGGACUCCAGAUAUUAGGCCAGACCCUAAAGGCCAGUAUGAGAGAGUUGGGGCUGCUCAUAUUCUUCCUCUUUAUCGGAGUCAUCCUCUUCUCGAGCGCCGUGUACUUCGCGGAGGCGGAGGAGAAGGAAUCAUUUUUCACAAGCAUUCCGGACGCCUUCUGGUGGGCUGUGGUCUCCAUGACAACGGUUGGUUACGGGGACAUGUACCCGGUGACCAUCGGGGGAAAGAUAGUGGGCUCGCUCUGUGCCAUCGCGGGAGUGUUGACCAUCGCGCUACCAGUGCCGGUGAUUGUGUCCAACUUUAACUAUUUCUACCACCGGGAGACGGAGGGCGAAGAGCAGGCACAGCUUCUGAACGUCAGCAACCAGGACCUCAACUCGGACAGCAACUCCAGUCGCCGAAGCUCAAACUCAAUAGCCAGCAAAUCGGAUUACAUGGAGAUAGACGAGGGGAUCAAUAACAGUAUUGAUAACUUUAGGGAGGCCAAUCUUAGAACUGCUAACUGUACUUCUGUUCCCAACCAGAACUGCGUAAAUAAGGGUAAGCUGCUGACAGAUGUUUAGUAGACUACAUAAGAUACAGGCUAGAUUGAUUCUGCAACGCGGCUCAUAGGAUCUCCAGGUGACAUCAGGCUGAUGUUAUAACCUACCAACUACCCGCUGUAAUUAUUGUAGAAAUAUUCUGAAUGCUUGAUUUACAUCGUUAAUGCGUUUUUUGCAUUACGGUUAUUAUAUUUGAAUGAAUAGAAAGAAAACAAUUUAAGCUAAAGAUGAACAGGUUUUGUUAGACGCAAAAUUGGAAUUGGUCGUAAUAAUAUUUCCAUUGGUUUAAAAAUGGGACUGUUACUUUGCUAAUGUGAUGGAGAUAUUUUGGACAGCUGUCAUUCACAUUUAAAACAUGAACAGACUGACAUCAUGCUUACUCAAUAAAGAAGACACGACUUGCAUGGUUAAUGGAUUACUGAGCGACGUCGGUUGAGCGAGUCGCGCUCUGCACUGCAUCUUGGGAAAGAAGGAAAAAAUUAAUUAUGGAAUAUCAGCUCUCUGCCACAACGCAAAUGAGCGCACUUAAACACGAGAUGGAUGUGCAGAUGUAUAGACAUCGAUCUCUGCAUGGUGCAAUGUUCUGGUGAUGACAUUUACCGGAGACCUACUGAGAGAUCAGCAAAGCACUUUAGCUGAAAAUAAUAGAAACAAAAAAAUGCCUAACAAAAUUAACCCACACUGGUCUCUGACCGUGAGGUGAAGCAAAGUGGGCUGUUUGGAGACGAGAGGACUUCUGCGAUGCUGCUACUUUCUUUCCCCGCAGAUGCUGAAACGCAAUCCGUGGGCUAAUAACGAUAAUGAUGCCGUGCAAGAAAAUAAAAGUUAAAAAAACGCUCGAAAUUAGCAUGUUGAGACGCUCUUCUUUUAUACAGGCAUGUGCGAAACAUUACCUCAUUUAAUGUUUAACUGUUUAAUUUUCUUCUUUUUUUAUCGCUGUUAUUAUUAUUGUUAAUAAUAUUAUUAUAACAUUUGAUCCCAGACUAUGAGAAUUCUCCCUCUCAUUUGUUUUCACCAAAAGUGCACAGCUUAUUUAUUAUUUACUUUAUGACUUAUUUAGGAGCAUUUAAGUGCUGAAUGUUAAAUCUUAAGGAAACAAAAAACACUUUUUUGAAGAUCAUGGCAUGUCAAACUACUAAGCAUUUUGGCCUAAUACUAACAACGGUACGAUGUAUCUAGGUAUAUUCAAUGCAUGACGUCAGUAUUAACAUAGCUUGCGGUUAAGAUGGGACCAUGGGAAUUACAGUGCAAGUACGAUUAUUUCUUCUCGCCAUUCUAUUGACGGACAACUCCAGACAGGACGCGUCCAACGCGCGUAACGAAACGGAACUACUGUUGUACCCUACUGGAUUGUUUUAGACCCCAAAGGCCAAGAUGAAACACCUCAACAAUAACCAACCAGAGGAGGAAAUCGAUCUGGCCACUAAAACCUGCUCAUAAAAAAGACAUUUCAUGGUUAGCUUCUGCUUCUGUGCAUGGAUGUUAUGACACUCUUCAUGAGAACCUGAACAACAUCAUUUUGUGAACUGUGAUUUCUAUGUUGCUAUACAUUCCUUCACAGCAUUUAUGGUUUUCAAAAAAAGUGAUUAUACAUAUUAUAGCCAAUACAAUACGAAUUGAAAUACUGAACCAAAUUGCAUUGAAAACAAAUGAUAAAAUUAGUCUCUAGUGCCUUGAACCCUGUAUUAAUAUACAACAGACUGGAAUGGAAGUGCCUCCCUUCACACUAAUCAACUAGGACGGAUAAGAUGAGUUCCUGGAUACCUGCCAUAACCAAGCACUGUUAUACUACCAACAAAUCUGCAGUCAGAACAGGGUGACAGUAGAACAGUUGUUUGGUCAACUGUUUCCAUAGUUCCCAGUACAGACCAAAGGCCAGAGGGAAGAGAGUAACCAAACACAGCAUCCCAAUAUAUAGCCAUGACACAGAGGGCAAAAGAGAGAGAGACAGAGAGGGAGAGGGGAGAAAGACAGUGAGAAAGACAGAAUUUGACAAAAACUGGGGCUGUGCAAGGUUAACUAUGGAGUGGUAACAUGUUUCUAGUGUUCUAGAGUCACGUGGUUCUAGAGUGUUCUAAAGUCACGUGGCUCGAGAAUGUUCAUGUUGUCAUAGAGCGUUUUUGUGGUUCCAGUGUUGUCGCAUGGUUCUGGAAGCAUGCAUGUGGUUCUAGUGUUCACAUGGUUCAAAAGCAUUCACAUGGUUCUAGAGUGGACAAGUUGUUCUUGAGCGGUCACAGGGAAUGCAGGUUGGUCGAGCAUGUUGUACUCAAGCGCUUUGAACAUUUUGUACGUACAAGUCUCCUCAGCAUACAACUAAGUCAACCGUCAUCAGACAUGAAUUUACACCUUGGUGUAAGGAUUCCUGUAGGAAAUCCCUGUCUGUGUUCUUGUCUGAUUUUUCCAUCCGUCUUUAUUUCUGCAUGUCUGUCUAUCAAGAGCACAAAGCUACCCAGCAUUCAUCUCAACACUAUUUGAUUUCCCAAAUGGCAUCCUAAUUUCCGUAUCUAGUGCACUUCCUUUGGUGGUGGCCCACAGGACUCAUGGCGCGAGUAGUGCACUCGGUUAGGAAUAGGGUUUCAUUUGGGAUGCAGGACGAACACGAUGAAGGCAUUAGUCACUUUGUAUGGAAGCAAAAUGGCUGCUGUUUAGUAGAGAGAGUGGGAAAGAGAGAGAGAGAAUGAAAGACAGAGAGAGAGAGAAGAGAGAGUGAAGGAGAAAGAUGAGAGAGGGAGUAACAGAGAGAGGGAGUGACAGAGAGAGGGAGUGAAGGAGGAUGAAGUGCAGAAUAGUGUGGGAAGGAAGAGGGGAUAAAAGCUCUGCUAUGACAUUUCAGAUAUCAACCGCCUGCAGAGGCAUGUUAAGAUGUGUGGAAUGGAUGGUUGGAAUGAUGGGUGGAUGGUGAAAUGAUGGGUGGAAUGAUGGGUGGAAUGAUGGG